UCCCGUUUGCGUUCUGUGUCGCGAGCAGCGACCCACGCCCUGCAGCAGGGAGAGCGAGCCAGAUGCACGCAGGCGCACUAGCCCUUCCCGUGUCAAACAUGGCUGUGCUUUGGCAGUGUGAAAAAUGCUGAUUCGCGUCGAUAGAUGUCCAAAAAGAGGCAAUAAUGGCGCGGCUGGCUGACUACUUUAUUAUCGUGGGAUACGACCAGGAGAAGUCCGGUUCAGGAGAGGGAUGUGGAAAGAUCCUUCAGAGAUUUCCAAAGACAGACUGGGAUGGAACAGCUUUCCCCCAAGGAGUGGAGAUGUUCUGCCAGCCCGGGGGCUGGAGGGUGUAUCGUGAGCGGAGGCCCCCCACCUUCUUCACCGCCGUGCUCACCGACAUCGACUCCGCACGCCACUACUGCUGCUGCCUCACCUUCUACGAAGCAGAGGUCAACCUACAGGGCUCUAAGGCAGUAGAGGCUGAUGGAGGAGAGGGUGGUGAGGAAGAAGAGGAGGAGGAGGAUGGUCUGGUGCUGCCUGCUCAGGUCUUCGCCCCCAAGAGCCUCAUCCUGGUGUCACGACUCGACCAGCCGGAGAUCUUCAGGGGCUGUCUGGGCCUGGUCUACACGGUGUAUGUGGACAGCCUCUCUGCUCCAUUGGAGGGUCUGGUGGCCACUCUGCUGUCCUGCCAAGUGCCAGUCACCGGUGGAGCUCAGAAGCUCCUGUCGUUAGGUGCAGGGGACCGUCAGUUGAUCCAGAUGCCCCUCAAUGACAAUCUGCCCAUCACCAGCAAGAGUGUAGCACUGCUGUUCCAACAACUGGGGAUCCAGAACGUUCUAAGCUUGUUCUGUGCGGUUCUAACGGAGCACAAGGUUCUGUUCCACUCCAGCAGCUACCAGAGACUUGGAGAGGCCAGCCGUGCCCUGGAGGCCCUCAUGUUCCCCCUGCGCUACAGCUACCCCUACAUCCCCAUCCUGCCCUCUCGUCUGCUGGAGGUGCUCAGCUCUCCCACCCCCUUCAUCAUCGGAGUCCACUCCAUGUUCCAGACACACAUCCAGGAACUGCUGGAUGUGAUCAUUGCUGAUCUAGACGGCGGGACCAUAAAGAUUCCGGAGUGUAUCCACCUCUCUCAGCUGCCUGAACCUUUACUCUACAACACACAGACAGCCCUCUCUACGGUUCUGCAUCCUGAUUUGGAGAUUGCAGACAAUGCUUUUCCUCCCCCAAGAACUGCAGCCUCCAACCUUAAACAGCUGGAUAAGGAGUUGAGGGCCGUGUUUCUGAGACUCUUCUCUCAGCUCUUCCAAGGGUACCGCUCCUGUCUACAACUGAUCCGCAUACACCCUGAACCAGUCAUACACUUCCACAAGACUGCCUUUCUGUCCCAGCGUGGGCUGAUUGAAACAGACUUCCUGUCCAAGGUUCUGGAUGGAAUGGCAUUUGCUGGGUUUGUGUCCGAGAGAGGGCCUCCCUACCGCACCACUGACCUCUUUGACCAGCUGGUAGCAGCAGAUGUGGAGCGUCAUCAUCAGGAAGAGGAGAAUCCAACACUGAUCUCCAAACACACCAGAGAACUCUCGGAACAGCUCUACAAGAACGAGAACCCCAACCCUCAUAUGGUGUUCCAGAAGCUUCCGCGCCCCAGCGAGGGCUCCCACCUGCGGGUGCACAUGAUGCCGUUUCCAUGGCUACAGCCAGAGCGGGUGGAGGAGCUGCUGAGUGAGGUCAGCAGCCGCCAGCACGGAGCCCCGCCCACCGCACGCCCAGACAGGAAGUGUGUGGUGCCCGCCGGCCCACCCGUGGUGCCCAUCAGUGGGAGGGGCAGCUCGGUGUUCAACAGCGCCAGACGGCUGGAGGUGGUGAGGAGCUGCAUCAGCUGUAUCUUCAACAACCAAUCACUGGAGACGCAGAAGACUCUCCCUGCAGCCCUGCGUGCUCUAAAGGGGAGGGCGGCGCGCCAGUGUCUGAUGGAGGAGCUGAGUGUCCACGUGCAGCAGAACAGAGCCCUGCUGGACCACACGCAGUUCGACCAGAUCGUACGCCUCAUCAACUGUGCCCUACAGGACUGCUCCAGCUCAGAAGAAUUCACUGUUGCUGCUGGCUUGUUGCCGCUGACAACAGCCUUCUACAGGAAGCUGGCGGCGGGGGUGACCCAGUUUGCGUACACGUGUGUGCAGGAGCAUGCGGUGUGGACCAACCCGGCGUUCUGGGAGAGCAGCUUCUACAGCGCCGUCCAGGACCAGAUCAGAGCCCUGUACCUUACUGCCCCUCAGAGCAGGCCCAGCCUCACACACAUACAGGACUCUGAGGCCCCCCCGGCGUGCGGGCGCUCGGCGAUGGACCUGGGGGCGGAGCAGCUGCGAGUGUGGGCGGGGCUAGAGCGUGAGCGGCAGCAGGAGCUGGUGGCGGGGGAGGAGUCCACGGUGUUCAGCCAGGCCAUCCACUACGCCUCCCUCAUGGUCUACCUGCUGCUGCCCCUCGACUCCUCCAAGAACAAGCUGCUGCGCAGCACACACACACACACACACGCACACACACACACACACAACGACUGGGAGAGCGGCAGCAACAGCAUCCUUACCAACAGUAUUGCUGGGAGUGUGGCGGAGAGCUUUGACACGGAGAGUGGUUUUGAGGAGGCGGAGUCAGACGUGGCCAAUGCGGCGUGUCGGUUCAUCACGCGCUUCAUUGAUAAAGUGUGUACUGAGAGUGCUGUCACUCAAGAGCACAUCAAGAGCCUGCACAGCAUGAUACCAGGAAUCGUGGCCAUGCAGAUGGAGACUUUAGAGGUGGUUCACAGGGAGAGCCGGCGCCUGCCCCCCAUUCAGAAACCUAAGAUCCUGCGGCCGCCGCUGCUGCCCGGGGAGGAGUGUGUGGUGGAGGGGCUGCGGGUCGUGCUGGACGUGGACGGCCGAGAGGACGCAGUGGGCGGAGCCUUGGGGGGGCCACACCUCCUGCCAGCAGAGGGCGCCCUCUUCCUCACCAACUACAGGCUCGUCUUCAAGGGCACGCCCCACGACCCUCUAGUGGGUGAGCAGGUGGUGGUGAGAGGGUUUCCACUGUCGUCUCUGACCAAAGAGAAGAAGAUCUCCGUUCAGAACCAGCUGCAGCAGAGUCUACAGGAGGGACUACAGCUCCGCUCUGCUACCUGCCAGCUGAUAAAGGUGGCGUUUGAUGAGGAAGUGACAUCAGAGGAAGUGGAGACAUUCAGGAAGCAUAUCCAGAGACUACGUUUCCCACAAUCCAUCUUCAGCACGUUUGCUUUUGCAGCAGGACAGAGUAUACCUCCCGUAACCCCCAAACAGAAGGAGCGCAACACCGGCCUGCGGACCCUCUCUAAGACGCUGGUGAAAGGAGCUCGGCGUGCGGGGAAGAUCACCAUGGGCCGCCAGACCCUCCGCCGGAGCCGCAUCAACUUCCACGAGGACGACGACAUCUCCGUGUCUGAUGAGGGGGAGCCCCCCCCCUGCUCUACUCUGAAGGCCAGUGAAAAGUCCACUAUGGAGCAGCUGGUAGAGCGAGCCUGUUUCCGUGACUACCAGCGCCUGGGACUGGGUACCAUGGCAACCAUCAGCUCCCGCUCCAAAGGGGGCGAGACACUCCGCAUCACAGCCGUCAACCGACUCUACUCAGUGUGCCGCAGUUACCCAGGGUUGCUGGUGGUUCCUCAGUCUGUGCAGGACAGCAGUCUGCAGAAGGUGGCACGCUGUUACCGCCACAACCGGUUGCCCGUGGUUACCUGGCGCCACCCGCGGACCAAAGCCGUGCUGCUGCGCUCAGGAGGCUUCCACAGCAAGAGCGUCGUGGGCCUGUUCAAAUCACAGAACACCUCCAGCACAGCCCCUACAGACUCCUCCAGUAGUGUGGAGCAGGAGAAGUAUCUGCAGGCCAUCCUCUCCUCCAUCCCCAGCAAACCCAACGGCACACACACACUCUCCAAUCGCUCCCUCAUUGGCCUCUCACCAGCUAGUGAGAGGAGGACGUAUCGCCUGUCCAAGAUGAACCCAGUGCACCUGGAGCUCCCUUUCAGCAACAGCUUCAGCAGAGGAGGUGUGUGGGCGAGUCUGCGCUCCAGCAGCCGCAUGUCGGUGCAGUCGGCGGUGGACGUGGGCUCUCGCCUGGCGGGGAAGGAGCUGGCGCCACCUUGUGGGCCGGAGGGACUACAGCAGCUCCUCAAGCAGCAGGCUGCACUCUACAUCUUUGGAGAGAAGUCUCAUCUCCGGGGUGUAAAGAUGGACGUGUGUGUGAACUAUGAGCUGGUUCCCGUGGAGAUGGCGGAUGCUCGUCAGGUGCGCGGCUCCUUUAAGAAGCUGCUGAGGGCGUGUGCUCCCAGCGCCAUGACAACCGAUGCUGACCACUCCUUCCUUAAGGAACUGGAGGACUCGGAAUGGAUACUACACAUCCAUAAGCUGCUGCAGCUGGCUGUAAUCAUGGUGGAGUUGUUGGACGGCGGAUCAUCUGUGCUGAUCAGCUUGGAAGACGGCUGGGACAUCACCACACAGGUGUCCAGUCUGGUGCAGUUGCUAGGCGACCCGUUCUACCGGACGCUGGAGGGGUUCCAGGUGCUGCUGGAGAAGGAGUGGCUCUCGUUUGGACACAAGUUCAGCCAGCGCAGCGUGCUGUCCCCCGCCGCACACACCGCCGCCUUCACACCCAUACUGCUGCAGUUCCUGGACUGUGUUCACCAGGUGCAGCUCCAGUUCCCCCUACAGUUUGAGUUUAAUCAGCACUACCUGCAGUUCCUGGCGUAUCACCACGUCUCCAACCGCUUCCACGACUUCCAGCUGGACUCGGACUACGAGAGGCUGGAGCACGGGGUGCUAUUCGAGGGGGAGAAGCAGGCUCGGCGGGGGAUGUGUGUGUGGGACUGGAUCAGUAGAGCACACCACCGCAAUCCCCUCUUCCACAACUACCUCUACUGCCCCUCAGACACCGAGGCGGUGCUCAGGCCCUGUGUGGGCGUGGCUUCUCUGCGGCUGUGGGAGUACUUCACCUCUGAGACGCUGGCCACAGGCCCCGCCUACGACUGGCAGCUGCCAGCCAAUGGGCAGCCAGAGGAGGCGGGGACUAUCAGCUCCAGCAAACGCUGCAUCGUGUGGCCCUGUUACAGCAGCGUACGCAGAGCUCAACCCGACGCCAUCACACGCCUACUCACCGACAUUGGGCACUUGGAGGGUCAGUUGGGGCAGGUGGUGGAGCGCUGGCCUGUGUUGCUGGAGAAGGCCCGCCUCAGCAUACAAGAGGACCUCAAGCAGGAGAGCAACCUGCGUAAGAGGUCGGUGUGUGGCUCCGGGCUCCUCCCCUCCUCUGGUCUGCAGCUCCAUCGUCACUCCCUCCUGCAGCUGACUGACGGCUCCGUCGCCGACGACAACGGAACCGCCCCCAAUGGCAUGAACCGCCGCGCUGCCACCUUAUACAACCAGUUCAGCCCCCGCAACGAGGACACACGGUCUUUUGAAGGUGUUCUCUUCAAACGAGGGGCUCUGCUGAAAGGAUGGAAACCUCGCUGGUUUGUUCUGGACAUCACAAAACACCAGCUCCGGUAUUAUGACUCAGGUGAGGACCUGCACUGCAAGGGCCAUAUCGACCUGGCAGAGGUGGAGUCUGUCCUGAUCGCCAUGCCAACCAUAGGAGCUCCUAAGCACAUCAGUGAAAAAGCCUUUUUCGAUCUCAAGACGUCUAAGCGGGUGUAUAACUUCUGUGCAGCAGAUGCCUCCAGUGCCCAGCAGUGGAUCGACAAGAUCCAAAGCUGCAUAUCCGACGCCUGAAGCACACACACACACACACAUACACACACACACACACACACACACACACACACACACACACACACACACACACACACACAGCUGCCUUUACUGCCAAAUAUUCUAGGAAAAAUAGGAAAAACAAAACGCACAUUCCUGGGCCGGAACACUGUGCCCCUCAACACAAGCUAACACACACAAACACACACACUCCAAAACACUGCAGAGUUCACCAUGGGCCCCUCUUCUCAUCAAGUGUGUGUGUGUGUGUGUGUGUGUGUGUGUGUGUGUGUGUGUGUGUGUGUGUGAAUUGGCACACACACACACACACACACACAGUUCUAAACAGUAGCCUCAACACUACACCUCAGAGCAGACACUCUAAUAGAAAUAUGAACAAUUGACAUACCCCACACACACACUACACACGCCACACACACUACACAUGCCACACACACACACACUACAUAAGCCACACACACACACACACACUACACUUGCCACACGCACUACACAUACCACACACACACACACACUACACAUACCACACACACACAACUACACAUCCCACGCACACACACUACACAAGCCACACACACACACACUACACAUUCCACACACACACACUACACAUUCCACAUACACACACACUACACAAGCCACACACACACACACUACACAAGCCACACACACACACACACACACACUACAUAAGCCACACACACACACACUACACAUACCACACACACACACACACACUACACAAGCCACACACACACACACACACACACACACACAGUACACAUACCACACACACACACACUACACAUGCCACACACACACACUACACAAGCCACACACACACACACUACACAAGCCACACACACACACUACACAUGCCAUGUGCGAAUGAGUGAGUGUGUGUGUGUGUAUGUGAUCGUACUGCCACUGGAAAGAUGUCUUGGUCACCCACACACACCUCCAGCUUCAUGCGUGCCAUCAGCUGAUGCACAAGUCAUAUGUGUGACAUCACAGAUCAGCUGACGCACCUAUCAUAUGUGUGACAUCACACCUGCUCCGCUGAGGUUGUAUCUAUAGUUACGGGCGCUGUGGGGCUCCGCUUGGGUCGUAUCUAUAGUUACGGGCGCUGUGGGGCUCCGCUGGGGUGGUAUCUAUAGUUACGGGCGCUGUGGGGCUCCGCUGGGGUCGUAUCUAUAGUUACGGGCGCUGUGGGGCUCCACUGGGGUGGUAUCUGAUAGAGUAGUUAGGGGCAGGAAGAGGUAGUAAGAUGGUCUAUGUGUAUGACACUUUAUGAAAAUGAGGAAACAUUUCGGAGGAUGAACAUGUCGUCUGGUGUCUGAUGUCAAAGCAGAAGACAGCCUCCUAGUGGCGAGGAGGGGAUUUGCACUUCUGUGUCUCCUGAAAGACUACCUGAGAGAGAGCAGCUCAGGAGACUACCUGAGAGAGAGCAGGCUGCUGGGUUUGCUCAUACCUCACGGAGACACUUUGCACACUAAAGUUGAAAUAUUUCCAAAUGUUACUUCCUAUUUAAAUAAUAAUUGUUUUUAACAUAAUAAAUAACUACUUCUGAUAACAUCUGAUGAUGUAAAUAUUUGUUUUAUUAUUAUUAUUGAGAGAUAUUUCUCUGAAUUUAUGUAUGCUGACAUAUGCUAUGUAAAUAUGAAUUUGACAUUUCAUAUUUUUGUAUUUUUUAUUGAGCAGCUUUUCUAACCUUGUCUCCUCAGAGAUGUUUUUUUAUUUUGUUUGAGUCUUCAGAACAUUCCUGUGUAAGCUCCACCACAUACUGGCUGGAAUGUCCCAGGGGGUUCUGGAAUGUUCUACAGGUCUUUGGAAUAUUCCAGACAUCCCUGGAGUGUUCCGCAGGCCACUGGAGUGUUCCUGAUGUCUGUGUCAGGUUCUUAUCAGUGUGAUGUUCCUGAUUUCCAUGGCGACUGUCCUAACCCUGUAUUCAAAGCACAGGGCUCUUAGCUAAGGUCUUAACAUUGCUCUUAAUUGGUUUCUAUACCAAACUCUGAGGUCUUAACUGAGUUUAAUGUUGGUCUUGUUUGGUUGGUGUAAAAGGCUCUGAGGUCUUAACUGAGUUUAACGUUGGUGUUGAUUGAUUGCUGUGAAAGGUUCUGUUACUGUAAGACUCGUUACGUAUGGCCCAUGCUCUGUGCAACUGCUUGACACUACAUUUGGAAUAAACAAGCUGUCCUGAACAGAAGAGUGAGUGUGCCGUUUAUUGACCUUUAUACAACAAUUGGGUUCUAUGAAGCUGUUUCUUUGUUUCUGAUUGGCCGAGAGACGUUCCAUGAGUUGAAAUAUCCCACGAUAAUCCACUCGGACUUUUCACAGCUAAUAAUAAAUCACUCCGCGAUACAAUGUCAAGUUGUGAAGUGUAAAACGAACUGUCACGUUGCAUCCAAGCUGAAAUACAGACGCUCAGAACGUAGAAUAUGACGGAGGUGGAUAUUAGCUAGUUGGAUGGCAUGUAGGCUAAGUAAAAUAGUGAUGUUUCAAAGCUAAAAGCAUGUCCUAACCAGACGCAAUGCGAGCUAACGUUUAUUAGGCUACAUUGCUUGACAACGGGAGAGAUAGAACUAACGACUGGC